AAACGUGAACGCGAAUCGUGGAAACAUGUCUGCCGUUUGUGUAUUUUGACGUAAAUAUUGGCCAAAAUAUCACUGUGAUUGCAAAUAAUUUGUGUUUUUUCAGUGCUAAGUUGAUUUUAUAAUGUGUGUGUGAUUGUGCUGUGAUCUGUUCAUAUGAGGCUGCUAUAUAAAACUGGUCCGAUGGAUUCUCUCCGAAAAUGGUUCCGCAAACCAAAGAGAGAGGACCAAUCGUUACUGGCGCAGUUCUUCUUUGCGGACGACGCGCUCAACAUCAUCGCGUCCGAGCUGGACUCCUUUGACGGCCGCAAGGACCCGGAGAGGUGCUCCACGCUCGUUACUCAGCUACGGCUCGCACAGGAUCGCGUGUUGAACGUGACGAGCCAGAUAAUGGACGAGGUACUGGGCGAGGAGCGAGUGGCGCGCGGCUUCCGAGUUAAGUUCCCGGAGGACGUGCUGCAAGACAACCUCGCGGGGCAGCUGUGGUUCGGCGCAGAGUGUUUGGCGGCGGGUUCAUCAAUCAUGAAUCGCGAGGAAGAAUCAGCUGCAAUGCGUCCGCUUGCGAAGGCGCUCACCCGCAGCCUAGAGACAGUGCGCUCGCUGCUCCGAGAACAGUGCCUGCGCUCCAGGGACCUCGCGCUCUCCCCACACGACGACAUGCUGCACGAGAGUCUACGGAUAUUUGAUAGGUUGUUCGCGGAAUUCGAACUGUGCUACGUAAGUGCCAUGGUGAAUGUGAAGACUCCUCACGAGUUCGAGGCGCAGCAGCUGAUCUGCGUCCUUUUCUCUGAGAGUCUUCGGAGAGCAUUAAAACAAGGAUUGCUCACACAGGAACAGGUUGAUUCUUAUGACCCGGCUCUGAUGUUCGCUGUGCCCCGACUGGCCAUAGUUAGCGGUCUGCUCAUCUACUCCAGUGGACCACUCAGUAUUGAUAAACCACCUGAAGAAAUGUCGGACAUGUUCCGUCCGUUUCGCACUUUGUUGCACAAGAUCAGGUCUCUUCUGUGGACGCUGGACCGGCGCGAGCUGAUGGCGUUGGAGAGACUGCUCUGCACCAACGAGGAUAUCUCCAACCUUGCAGGACUGGACUUGCCACAGAGUGUAGAAACACUGACUGACUCAACUUGUCACUAUCCGGACAUCGGAGAGUUUGUAUCCAAGUUCUAUGCCGACCACGCACACUGCCGCGACCUGUACUCCACACAAAGCUCUAGUGAACCGACAAUAACAGACGCUGACUACCUCCCUGAUAAUAUAGAAGUUAUGACCCCAAUUAUAGAUGGACUGAGACGACUCACUGAAGAUACUGAAGAUACACAAACUGACGAAGAAACUAUUGACUCAAAGAACAACGACCAUCGACAUUAUUCUGACACAACAAGUACUGAUACAUUCCAGACCAAUGAUAGCAAAGAUGUAGUAGAAAAAUCUAGAAAAACAAGCAGAACGGAAACCAACGAUCUAUCUUCAUUAAGAAAUUUAUCAACCAAUGGACUAAUGAUGUUCGAUCCUCUAGUUAUUAACGCAGUGUCCGCAUCGACAUCCACAGAAACUAAUCGACAAUUACCCGAUAACGAUUUAGUCACAUCACUAAACGAGCAAGUUACAGAAAUAGCGGACAGAUUAUCAUCGAUAGCGACAGAUAUCGAUAUCCAAGAACACAAUCAGACGCAUUCGCUAUCGACAAACGAUGUCCCAACUCUAAUAUCGACUGAGGAUUCAGAUUUUGGGUUUUCGGGGCCUAGAAAUGAGCCUUUAAGUUGUAUGCCGUCAACUAGUCACGGCUAUCUCAUACCUAACGCGAUAAGUCAGGAGCCUGUCGUUCUUGCUUCUUUGUCACAUAACAACUCUGCAGUUUUCAAUCAAGAAGACGAAGAAGUGACAGGUGUUAUACUAAAUUCUGAUAUACCAUUAAUAAUGCCAGAUAAUAUCGAAGCAGAAAUAGUCAACACUAAUAUUUGUAUAGCAAACGCUAACCUAUCAUCAUUAUUACUAACGAAUGAUGAAUUUAGACAGAAUUUCGUCGAAAAUAAUGAUCUAGAUGCGGAUAAUGCUAGUUUUCAUUCUGCAAAAAUGAGUCUAGAUAGAGAUGAAAGAGUUAAAUUCAUGCUAGGCUAUGAAAGUGAACACGAAUCACCAGUAGAUUCAGGUGUCAGUACAGAAAAUACUAGUUUAGACAGAUCACCGGAUACAGAUCAGAGUAAAGAUAAUUUCAUGCAACAGAACAGGGUAAUAAAAGAACUGGAUGAAGAGAGAAGAGAAGAUAGAAUCGAGAACUAUCUAGAAAGAUCUUUUUCCACCGACGAUACUAUCAAACAAGCUGGACCCUCAAAUAAUGUAGAUAUAGAUAGAAUAAGUUCAGAAGAAGAUGGUUUAAAUGAAGCGACGAAUGUAAAAGACUUAGACUGGACCAAUACAGAACAGACUUCAAAAGAUUCGACAAAAGAAUUGAGAAGGAGUUCAGAAGUAAAAAACGUAGAAGAGAGUAGAAGUACGACAGAGUUGGCGACGCACAGCGGGAGACAGAGGAAGUCGAGGAAGAGUUCUAAGAAUAAAAAGAAGAAGAUGUGGCCGCCGGGUAUCGUGAUAUUGGACAAUCGGAAUACUCAAGCUCAGAAUCCUUUGAGACUGAAUUUGGACCAUAUUAUGGAUGAAAGUGGUACAUCUUGCGGUACAUCCGAGUGCGCGGACGACGAGCAGAUAGCGCUCGCUCUGCAGGCGCAGGAGUUAGCCGCCAGACAACAAGCCAGGGGGAAGUUCAAAUCAAGUGAGGACUUGAUUCACCGUCUGUUUGUCUGCAUCGCGGGAGUGGCAGACCAGUUGCAGACUAACUUCGCAGCAGAUUUGAGGAAUAUCCUUAAAUCUGUCUUCCUAAUGAAUCAAACCCCGGAUCCGCCUGAAGAGGAACCAGCCUCAUGUGACCCCUCAGACAAGGGGAACGCUAUCGAAUACGAGGUCUCCGAAGAUCAGGUUAUACAGAAUGGCAGUUCAUUCGACAGCGUGUACUCAGCAGAAGAAGUGUACGCGGACAGUUCUGACUCUUCACCCUCGGAGUCGAGUCUCGCUCCUCGCAACACUCUCACUGCUGCAAGGGACAGGGAGACGAGACGUAACUCAUUGGAUGUCACCAAUCUACAGCCUUCUGUCUCUACUGGAGAUUUAACUUAUAGAGAUGAGGAGCGGGGGGCGACGGGUGCGGGGGGUGUUGGGGGUGCGGGGGGUGCGGGGGGCGUGGAGCGCGCGCCCGAGUGGGUGCCGGACAUCGCGGCGCCCGCCUGCAUGCGCUGCGCCGCGCACUUCACCGCCUUCCGUCGCCGCCACCACUGCAGGAACUGCGGUAAAGUGUUCUGUGCAUCGUGCAGUUCUAACUCCAUUCCUCUGCCACGGUAUGGUCAGAUGAAGCCGGUGAGAGUCUGUGAGGAGUGCUAUCAGAGUACGAGACGUCCUCACACACCUCACAGUCAUCAUCGGUGAGACAACACACAGCUAUAGGUCUAGACUAACGAAGUAAAAACAGGUUAAAUGCCAGUAAAAAACUAUAGCAAAGGCACAGGUUCAACAGGUUAAAAAAAUCUACUACAUUUUAGCAAAGCAAGAGGUUAAAUAAAGCAAGUUAUUAACAAUAGUGAAGCAAUAAAGAGUUAAAUAUUAAAAAAAAUACG